AUGAAUUUCUCCAGAGUUUAUCUAUGUCGGGGACAUGCUAUCAAUCUGUCUCCGGAGCAUUUCUUUAAAAAAGCCAUCAGCAAAGCCAGCAGAGCUACUUUUGCAUCGUCCGAACCACAUACCAGCGUGAGCACAGAUCCUGUGCGCUUCAGAAGCGUUGAUUUCUGCAUUCCAAUUUCCGAAUGCAUCAAGUCUCCGAGUCUUGUUUCGGCCAUGUUGAGGCCUCCGUUUUGUAUUUCCAGUUUUACGGGAUUUCAAGAAAAGAUAUUUUCGGCUUUACAAUGUGCUGGCGCCGAAAAUAUCUUUAUAAAAUCGGCAACCGGUACCGGAAAGUCCCUCAUUUCGCUUGUUUAUAUUGUCACGAGAUUCAUAGACAACCAUCGAUCGCUAUCUGCUGUAUGUACGGCACAAAAAUAUUUAAAACCAAGCUGGCUUAUCGUUCUCCCGACCCUUCAACUUGUAAACCAAUUUACUGCAUGGUCCGAGCUAAUAAUUCCUGCAAAACACAUGCACACAUUCAAGACCUGGUGCCUUAUCGGUACGCCAAAAUCUCUCCUUUUGGAUUUGAUUGAAGAAAAAUGGACAUCCAAAUACCUCGAAGGAAUAUUGAUUGAUGAGGCGGAUUCGAUCCUUCAGCCACCUUCCCGAUACUCGCCAAAAAAACAUGGCCAAAAGCCAUCACCUGGUACUUGUCUGCUUUCCGCUAUAGUUGACUUGAAUACAGACUCGAGAAUCGGCUCUCCAGGACUUCCUCGACUGAUUGUUGCUUCAGCAACCCUUAACUGCUUGAUUCGAAAUCAUUUGUUUGCAAUCGGCUACUUAAAAAGGGGCACAAAAGACUCGAUCGUUCAACUUGACAAUGGCCCUUCAAACGGCAUUGUUGGCCUUCCCAACGCAGAUAUGAAGGCAUUUGAUAAAGAUGCCCUUCUUCCGAUUUCACAGUGUAAAUCCAACGUCCGACAUCUUGUUUACUUGACAGACUAUGAAGAAGAAGGGUCUGUGCGAUCCGAGAUGGAAAAAAAAGCGACCAUCAUGACGCUCCAAUCAAAAGCAACUGUUGUUGCCUCUUUAUCUAUGGAAACCCGGUAUCAGAAAUCUCUUCUUCAUGUGUUUGUUCCCAAGACGGUUUCAAAAUCAGAGUUUGUUGAAAGCGUUUUGAAGGAAUAUGCCGAAGCAUCCUUGAUGAAUCCCUCUCUUCCACAGAUGCAAAUUUCGUAUUUUACUGAACAAAAACCAAUUGACUCCUCCAAAACAACGGUACUGAUUGGAUCAAGCGAGGAUUGCCGGGGUAUGCAUUUUGGAGACCUCAGUGCAGUCAUCAUUGUUGGGCCAAUUGAUUCCGUCGCUAGUUACAUCCAUAUGGCCGGAAGGGUAGGAAGAUAUUCAUCGAUUUCACCGCAAAAGCCGCAGGACGUUAUAUCGAUACUCUCGUCAGAUGAGCUUGAAAACUUUCAUCGAUUGCGAAAGUUAUCCAACGAAACCUUGCAGUCACUCCAUCGAUGGUCAUCGGAAUAG